AUGCCGGAGGGCAGCGGGGCCGGCCGGGGUGCGAGCUGCCCGGCGCUUCCCUGCCUCCUCCCCCCCCACCCCGAGCUGGUGUCAGCGUUAUGUACAUACACACAUCUUACUUUAAAUGACAGGUAUCCGAAUGUGCAGGCUAAAAUGCAAGAAGAAGUGGAUAGGAUUGUUGGAAGAGAUCGUCUGCCGUGUGCUGAAGAUCAGCCUCACUUGCCUUACAUCAUGGCUUUCUUGUAUGAAUCCAUGCGUUUCAGCAGCUUCGUGCCUGUUACUAUCCCACAUGCCACCACCACAAACACCUUCAUAAUGGGCUACCUCAUUCCCAAGGACACAGUGAUUUUUGUUAAUCAGUGGUCGGUGAAUCACGACCCAGCAAAAUGGUCCAACCCUGAGGAUUUUGAUCCAACGAGAUUCCUGGAUGAGAAUGGAUUCAUCAAUAAAGAUCUUACUAGUAGCGUGAUGAUUUUCUCAUUGGGGAAACGUCGGUGUAUUGGAGAGGAGUUAUCCAAGGUGCAGCUGUUUCUCUUUACCUCCAUACUGGUGCAUCAGUGCAAUUUUACUGCUAAUCCAAACGAGGACCCUAAAAUGGACUUUACCUAUGGGUUGACCAUUAAACCUAAGCCAUUUACCUUGAAUGUUACGCUUAGAGAUACUAUGGACUUGCUUGAUCAGGCUGUCCAAAGACUGCAAGCAGAGAAAGCUGCCAAUGAAAAUCAGCUGUCAGCAAAUGCCUAA